GGCGGAAGCGCGGUCCGCACGACCGAGAACUGCGAGCCCAGGGUCGGCUAAGCACUCCCUGUCCUACCGCCGGGCCUGCCCGCCCAUGGCGCUGCAGGCGCUGUACAGCUCGGGCGUGGGCCUGCGUAGGAUCCUGGCUCACUUCCCGGAGGACCUGAGUUUGGCCUUCGCCUACGGUUCCGCGGUGUAUCGCCAGGCAGGACCCAGUGCAUACCAGGAGAAUCCCAUGUUAGACUUAGUGUUCACAGUAGACGACCCUAUUGCCUGGCACGCAAUGAACCUGAAGAAGAAUUGGAGCCACUACUCCCUCCUCAAACUCCUGGGGCCCAGGAUCAUCUCAUCUGUCCAGAAUAAUUACGGUGCCGGAGUCUACUUCAACCCCCUGAUCAUGUGUGAUGGCAAGCUUAUCAAAUACGGGGUUAUCAGCACUGGCACUCUGAUUGAGGACCUCCUGAACUGGAAUAACCUAUAUAUCGCCGGACGCCUCCAAAAGCCGGUGAAGAUUGUAUCAAUGAAUGAGAACAUGGUUCUUAGAGCUGCCCUGGACAAAAAUCUGAAGAGUGCGGUGACCACUGCCUGCCUCAUGCUACCGGAAAGCUUCUCCGAAGAAGACUUAUUCAUAGAGAUCGCUGGGCUCUCCUACUCAGGUGACUUCCGCAUGGUGAUUGGCGAGGAAAAAGCAAAAGUGUUGAACAUCGUGAAGCCCAACGUAGCCCAUUUCCGAGAGCUCUAUGAGAGUAUAUUACAGAAGGACCCCCAGGUGGUGUAUAAGAUGCAGCAAGGCCAGCUGGAGAUAGAUAAAAGCCCAGAAGGACAGUUCACUCAGCUAAUGACACUGCCCAGAACCUUGCAGCAGCAAAUCAAUCACAUCGUGGACCCUCCUGGGAGAAACAGGGACGUGGAAGAGACUUUACUGCAAGUGGCUCAAGACCCCGACUGUGGUGAUGUGGUGCGACUAGCGGUCUCGUCAAUCGUCAGACCUUCCAGCCUCAGGCAGAGCACCAAAGGCCUUUUUACUGCUGGUGUGAAGAAGUCUGUGAUUUAUAGUUCACGGAAACUGAACAAAAUGUGGAAAGGGUGGAUGAAAGAAUCGUCCUGACUUGACUGAUGUUGUGUUAUGUGUAGAUUAUGAAUAAAUGGCUCCAUGCUUUUUCACAGAG